AUGAUGGCUUUUCGGUCUCCAACAGGAACACUUGUAGUGAAAUUGAAAGCAGAGAACUUUGUGAAUCAAUCGACCAUCUUUGGAGAAUUGGGUGGCAUCAAAUUGCUUGACCACAAAGGGGCAUGCAUCAACUGUGAAGAUGCAGGAGCUGUGUGCUCAGCUCCAAAUACCCCCAACUACAAGGUUGCCGAUGCCCAACUCGCUUGCAAUACCAAGCCUGAAGCUGGUGACAAGUGGAGUUGGCGAGUCAACAAGAGUAGCCCAUGGGAUAUCAAGCUCGAGUACCCGCUGAAAAGUCUUCAUCACGAGAUGAACUUUCAGAUUGAGGUCAUCUCUGCAGUGGAUCAAUCAGGUAAAAAUUCGCCAGUUCAGAUGGGUCGCCAAGUCACAUCCUGGGUCGCUGUGGCAAUGCUUGGGACCUCGACUCAUCGUGCCUGGUUGAAAUCGGCCUUGAAUGUGAACGGCCACUUCAGCAAGGUGGUCAAGGGCGACCUCAUGAUGGAGAUACCAAAGACUGCGGAGGACUAUGUGGGAACUGCUCAAGUGACUGAGUGUGAUGAGGACAAAGAUCCGUAUACGUUGUCGGGUUGCCGUUUGGCAAAGUGCACUUCGCCCGAAACACAGGCAGGCUAUGAGGUGUCAGCGCGGGACUUGUCGAUUGCCUCCUUCGAUGUCGAAGUGAGCUGUAUGUCUGGCUACGCUGGAACUGCCGUAGUUACCAAGUGCGGAGGUGACAACCUCCCUUUUUCUGUCACAGGAUGUGAGCCCACAGCCACUACCACGUCAACUACCACGACGACAACAACUACCACCUCCACAACCACAACUACAGUAACUACCACCACAACCACCACAGAGACAACCACAACUUCUACCAGCACCACAACAACAACCUCAACUACCAGCACGACCACGAGCACGACCACUACCACAACUUUCACAACGACCACUACCAGCACUACCACGACCACUACGAGUACGACAUCAACCACAACGGUUACAUCAACCACAACGACUGCAACUAGCACCACAACUACAACUAGCACAUCGACUAUAACCUCCACAACCACCAUCACAACCACAACAACAACCUCUACUACAACAAGCACCACCACGUCCACGACAACAGUUGUCUUGUUUUGCGUGGAAGCAGAAGACAAGACUGGCUACGACGUGACUGUCGCUAGUCUGGAGCUGAAUGAGGCCGUUUUCUCUGUGAAAGCAUCGUGUGCAGAUGGCUACUAUGGCACUGCAAAAGUGACUAUGUGCGAGUCUGCUGGCGCACAGUACAAGAUCAGCGGUUGCAACAAGAUCCAAACCUGUGAGAAGCCACAGGCUUUGGGCUACACGCUGAGCAAUGGGAGUCUGAACUUGCACGACUGGAGCAUCACCGGCAUUUGCGCAGCGUAUUUCCACGGCACUGCCAAGAUUACGCCAUGCACCAAGGAUGGCGAGGAGUUCCAGAUUUCCGGGUGCGAAGCAGACACAUGUUCUUCCCCAGCGGAUACUACUGGCUAUGCCGUCACAGAAGAUGCAACAGAAGCCUUUCGGUUCAGCGUGGAGACAGCCUGUGCUCCGGGUUAUGUGGGAGAGCCAAAGGCAACAGCUUGCAAGGCUCACACAGGUGAAUACGAACUCAGUGGUUGCGUGCAAACUACAACUACUACCAGUACUACAACAGUCACGACCACCACGACUACUACAUCUACAACUACGAGUACAACCACCACCAGCACAACCACUACUACAACCACCACAUCAACCACUACUACUAGCACCAUCUAG